CAAUCGUGAUGCAUUAUUUUAGUAUCAACAUUGAACUUUAACCUUGAAAGAUAUGAUACGUCUUUCCUCUCCAGACGGCAGUCCUGGUAGUGCAGAUGAAUUCCUGCCAUGUCUUAUAUAUGUUAUCCUCAAAUCCACACCUACUAUGCUUAAUUCAAAUAUACAGUAAGUUCCAGUUUUGAUUGGCUGGUCGAGGCUUCCAGUAAACGUUAUACAGAGCAGCAAGUAGUCGUUAACUUCGGAAAUGUUGAAAGUUAUUGGAGCUUAACUACAUCUUUCAGUAUCACUUAACGGAACCACCAAAUACAUAAACUACCACAUAUAAUGAAAAGAAGUAACAUUAUUUUCUCACGCUGAUAGACUGAUGCCUACAAAUUAAACCCACCAAAUACAGGGCUACCACAUAACAAUGAGAACAAUUUAAACAUUUUCUCACUUAACUGCAGGUUGAAUACCAUCUGCUGCAUGAUAUAUAGAGGGUAUUACACGGCGGCGCGAAGAUAUGACGAGCGUAGCGAGCGAGUGAGUGAAAUAUUGUUUUUAACACGAGAAGAUAAAAGUCAUAUCUUCAAGCCACCGUAUAAUGCUCUGUUUAUUAUAUAGUCCCAAGCAAAAAAAAGUGAAUUUUCACGCUCAAAAGCAAAUUGGAAAAAGUCACGUGAUCGAUAUCUUCACUAAUGAAGAUAUGGAAAAUAUGUGUAUUUUUCAGUAUCUCACACUCUACUAUAUAAUAAAGUGUUUUAUAGUAAAACCCAAGGCAAUAUAUAAUGAAACCCAUUUAUCACUUCGCUCCAUAUAUUGACAAGAAAAUAAUUUCCAAUUUUCGUUUUCUUCAGAUACAUAACAAGAUUUUGUAAUGCGAAUAAAUUAAUGAGUGGUGAGGCUGGUUAUUAUUUUACAAAUCUGGUAAGUAUUUAGAAAUGAUACGUUUAAAUUUUAUUAAGUUUUAUUAAUUUCUGUUUAUUGUUUGAUUCAGUGUUGUGCGGUGAAGUUUAUUGAAAUGAUUGAUGCACGAUCUUUAUCGCUAACGGAAGAAGAAUUUAAUAGGUAAGUCUAGGAUAAUGAAGACAACAUUUGUAUAAACCGUCGUUGGUAGGGAUGCCAGUCAUGCAACUACUUACUUGAAAAAUACAAGGAGAAAUUCGACGUGUCGAGCGAAGGCACUUCGUCAGGAAGGUAUAGUAGCCAAGGGAUCGAAGCUUGUUAUUAUUGGUACUAUACCCACACUGGCAUGGACCAUUCAAUAUUUGUAUAAACCGUUGUAUAGUUAUGAUACUAUCAUCAACAAUCAGGGUUCGUAGCGGUCUUUGAAAUCCUUGAAAGUCUUUAAAUUUGAAUGCAGGUCUUUAAGGUCUUUGGAAAGUCUUUGAAUUGUGUGAAAAAGCGAAGAAAGUCUAAAGUCUUUAGUACAUGAGUAUUUGAUUAAACGAUUUCCUACCUGAUAAGAUAGAUUGAUUGAAGCAAUAUUUUCGCAAAUAUCGACGAAAAGGUGCGUUUUAGGAUGUGAUUUGACGGGACUACUUACCUGGUAAAAAUGGUGCUUAUACACUCGCAAUUUUUCGACAGCUGAUUGCUCUCGAAGGUCUUUGAAAAGUCUUUGACAAUAGGCAGAAAAAGUCUUUGAAUUUUUUUGGUCUUGGAGACUACGAACCCUGACAAUGAUAUUACUCAAUUUUGGUCAUAUAAUAAUUGAGGUUUGACUGUUUAAGAUAUAUGAAUGGUGAACAGCCACCGGGAUCGUUAGAAGAUCAAAAUGGUGAAGAUGAAAAUUUGUGUGAAGGACUUAAACUCAUGCAGGUAAACUCAUGCUUGAACAGAGAUGAUCCCCCCUAUCCUCCUGCCCAGGGUAUAAUGUUUGGGACGAGAAUGACCCCCAUAUUGUUGGGGUGAUGAUGUCAUGACAACACUCGUUAAUCUACCCUCACACAACCGAAAGUUAACAUGAACACAUGUAUCAAAGUAGCCUGCGAACAGGCUCUCAAGUCUCAAUUCAGCUUGAGAGCCUGUUUGCAGGCUAGUAUCAAAGUGUUUAGUAUGCUAUUUGUGUUGUAGGAAAACUUGGAUAAUUUAGCAGAAUUACGAGAAAGUCAACUGAGAUGGCGACAUAAAGCAGUGCAGUUACAAAAUGAAAUUGCUUCGUUCAGAACGGAUGUGACUAAAGAGGUUCGUUUCAUCUCUUAUUGAUCCAGUAUUACUACAGGACCUGAUAUUACAUUUGACGACUGAAAAAGAUUUCCAAUUUCAACCCAAAUCAAAUGAAGAACAUACUUUUAUAUUGAUCCAGUAUUCCAGUGUUACUACAGGAGUGGAAACUGUAAGCACUGACAGGCAAGUCCAGAUUUUGGUGGAAAAAGUGGGAGAGGUGGAAAAAAUUCCGGGGAGGUGCAGCGGUAUAGCUCACGACCUCCCAUGGAAAGCUGGGGUUAAAACGGGCCAAAAUCAAUAACGUGACAUAUACAUGUUGUGUAAAUAUGCGAUCAGCGUAUUAAUAAACCAUGACUAUACAACUUAUCCAAUUUUGCCCUUCAUUACAAUUGCUACAGAGGUUCUUUCCAAACAUUGCAUUAAAAGGGUACUUGACACAGAGAUGUAUAGCUAUCACUGUUUCAAUUUUACAGAAAAACGUUCUUACAAUGUGUAGAUCCUAACCAACCAAAAAAUGUCAAAUUUUCCCUAUUGUCUAUCAUUGAAACUUUCUCAAGGAGAGGUGCAUAACUUUUCAGGGGAGGUGCAAAAAUUCUCAAGGGAGGUGCAAAACGAUCUCAGGAGAGGUGCGUACCUCCCCACACCCCUCAAAAUCCGAGCAUGCUCACAGGUAAAAAGCUGAUGCACUGAUGCACUAGUACUAAGCAAUGUAUCACCCACACUCUAGGUGGAAGGGAUUCUAGAUGGCACGAAUAAAGGACAAUUGCAAUAUCUUCAGCAAUAUCUAGAUGAAGACUCAGGAAGUCAAAGUGAAAAGGAUAUGACUGCUGGUAGCGAAACGACGUCCGCUAUCGUUAGUUAAUAAAAUUAUUUAUUGGGUUAGUUAUUAAAAGAAAUUAUUCACACUAUGUACUUCA